AUGAACAAGUACGAGGUCCUGGGCGUCGUCGGCGAGGGCGCCUACGGCAUCGUGCUCAAGUGCCGCAACAAGGAGAACGGCGAGACCGUCGCCAUCAAGAAGUUCAAGGAGAGCGAGGACGACGAGGAGAACGUGCGCAAGACGACGCUCCGGGAGGUGAAGAUCCUGCGCAUGCUGCGCCACCCGAACAUCGUGAGCCUCAAGGAGGCCUUCCGGCGCAAGGGCAAGCUUUAUCUGGUUUUCGAGUUCGUCGCGAAGAAUCUGCUGGAGGUCCUGGAGACGAACCCGAACGGCGUCGGGCCGGACAGCAUGCAGCGCUACAUGCUCCAGCUCUGCCAGGCCAUCGACUGCUGCCAUUCGCAGAACGUGAUCCACCGCGACAUCAAGCCCGAAAAUUUGCUGAUCAACACGCGGGAGAAGCAGCUCAAGCUCUGCGACUUCGGGUUUGCGCGGACUUUCGCGGCGAACGCGGGCGACCUGAGCGACUACGUCGCGACGCGCUGGUACCGCGCGCCGGAGCUCUUGCUCGGGUCCACGACCUACGAGACGUCCGUGGACAUCUUCGCCAUGGGCUGCAUCAUGGGCGAAUUGGCGGACGGCCAGCCGCUCUUCCCGGGCGAGUCGGAGAUCGACCAGCUCUACAUCAUCCAGCGCAUGCUCGGUCCUCUCACGCCCGAGCAGGACGAGCUCUUCCUGCGGAACCCGCGCUUCGUGGGACUCAAGUUCCCGGACAUGUCGCGGCCGGAGACCUUGCAGAAGAAGUACGUCGGCAAGCUCUCGAAGCGGUCGCUGAACUUCCUCAAGUCGCUGCUCCAGAUGGAGCCGGGGGACCGCUUCAACUCGCGCGAGUGCCUGGACCACCCCUACUUCGAG